CCCCUUCAACCUCUUCAACCCUCCCAUCCCCCUUCUUCUUCCUGUAACCUCACUUGCUGCUCUCUCACAGCUCUGACAGCUAUAUCAGUGUCUAACCUUCUACCCAGCGUUUGUCCUCACAGGAAUAUCCAACAACAAUGGCUGACGAUCCUUCCAAAGCCAAAGUGGAAGAUUCCACGGCGACUGCUAUCUUGAGAGGAAAGAAGACACCGAACAGACUUAUCGUCGAUGAGAGUCCAUCGGACGAUAAUUCCGUAGGUAUCAUGCAUCCCAACACUAUGGAGAUCCUUGGUCUGUUUCGAGGAGAUACCAUUAUUGUCCGCGGCAAGAAGAGAAAGGACACGGUACUCAUCUGUCUCAGUCAAGAUGACGUUGAGGAAGGCAAAAUCGCUAUGAACAAGGUGGCCAGGGCAAAUUGCGCUGUCAGACUUGGCGACCUUGCUCAUGUAUCCGCAGCCAAUGAUAUCAAGUAUGGCAAGAGGAUCCACGUCCUGCCGUUUGCCGACUCCAUCGAAGGUCUAUCAGGUAACCUCUUUGACGUAUUUUUGCGACCAUAUUUCCUCGAGGCGUACCGUCCUAUUAGAAAGGGCGACGUCUUUCAGGUCCGUGGAGGUAUGAGAACUGUAGAUUUUAAGGUCAUCGAAGUUGAUCCGGCGCCCUACUGCAUCGUUGCCUCGGACACUGUCAUCCAUACUGAAGGUGAUCCCGUCGACCGGGAAGCUGAGGAACAAAAUCUGAACAACGUUGGGUACGACGAUCUCGGUGGUUGCAGGAAACAACUGGCGCAAAUCCGAGAGCUCGUCGAACUUCCUCUCCGACAUCCCCAGUUGUUCAAGGCUAUCGGUAUCAAACCUCCACGUGGUGUGCUCAUGUUCGGUCCUCCCGGUACCGGUAAGACUUUGAUGGCGAGGGCAGUUGCCAACGAGACCGGUGCAUUCUUCUUCCUCAUCAACGGUCCUGAAAUCAUGUCCAAGAUGGCCGGAGAGUCUGAAUCCAAUCUCCGUAAAGCAUUUGAGGAGGCCGAGAAGAACAGUCCGGCAAUUAUCUUCAUCGACGAAAUCGACUCGAUCGCGCCUAAACGUGACAAGACCAAUGGUGAGGUCGAGCGACGUGUCGUCUCACAACUGUUGACACUUAUGGACGGUCUCAAGGCUCGUUCCAACGUGGUCGUCAUGGCUGCUACCAACAGACCCAACUCGAUUGACCCUGCCCUCCGUCGUUUUGGUCGUUUCGACCGUGAGGUUGACAUUGGUAUCCCUGACCCUACCGGCCGAUUGGAAAUCCUCCGAAUCCACACCAAGAACAUGAAGCUGUCAGACGAUGUCGACCUGGAGCAGAUUGCCGCCGACACACACGGUUACGUCGGUGCUGAUAUCGCUUCCCUUUGCUCUGAAGCCGCCAUGCAACAGAUCCGAGAGAAGAUGGAUUUGAUCGACUUGGACGAGGAUACGAUUGAUGCUGAGGUUCUCGACUCUCUCGGUGUGACUAUGGAGAACUUCCGAUUCGCUCUGGGUGUAAACAACCCCUCUGCCCUUCGUGAGACGGUGGUGGAGAUUCCUACUACCACAUGGAACGACAUUGGUGGGUUGGACAACGUCAAGCGCGAGCUUCAAGAAACCGUGCAGUAUCCUGUCGAGCACCCAGAGAAGUUCCUCAAGUACGGCAUGUCCCCUUCGAAGGGUGUGCUCUUCUACGGGCCACCCGGAACGGGUAAGACCAUGUUGGCCAAGGCCAUUGCCAACGAAUGUCAGGCCAACUUCAUCUCCAUCAAAGGUCCGGAAUUGCUCACCAUGUGGUUUGGAGAGUCCGAGGCGAACGUCAGAGAUGUGUUUGACAAGGCGCGUGCGGCGGCACCAUGUGUCAUGUUCUUUGACGAACUGGAUUCCAUUGCCAAGUCUCGUGGUGGUUCUUCCGGAGAUGGUGGUGGUGCAGGUGACAGAGUGCUGAAUCAGAUUCUUACUGAAAUGGACGGUAUGAACGCCAAGAAAAACGUCUUCAUUAUUGGCGCUACCAACCGACCUGAUCAGAUUGAUUCUGCACUUCUUCGUCCCGGUCGAUUGGACCAGCUCAUCUACAUUCCUCUUCCAGACGAAGCAUCACGAUUGUCUAUCCUCAAGGCUACCCUGCGCAAGUCUCCCCUCGCCGAAGGAGUCAACCUCGAGUUCCUCGCCAAGAACACUGCCGGAUUCUCUGGUGCGGAUCUCACUGAGAUCUGUCAACGCGCUGCCAAGUUGGCUAUUAGGGCCAGUAUCGAGGCUGAUAUGCGUAAAGACCGUGAGAAGAAGGAACGGGUAGAGGCAGAGGGUGGAGAAGAGGACUUGAUGGAUGCGGAUGAGGAGGACGAUGAAGUGCCGGCGAUCUCUGUCGAACACUUUGAAGAAGCCAUGCGCUUCGCACGUCGUUCCGUCUCCGACGCCGAUAUCCGUCGAUACGAAAUGUUCUCCACCACUCUACAACAGUCUAGGAGCUUUGGGAACAACUUUAAAUUCCCUGAAAGCACUGGUGGGGAUACACAAGCGGGUGGUGCCAGCUUCCAAAACGAAGCCGACGAUGAUGAUCUGUACGCCUGAGUCGUGCGGGAAACUUGAAUGUAGAAAGGAAAAUGAGAUAUGUUUCAUGCAAAUUGUGAAAUGCUGAUGCG